AUGCAACAACAACAAUAUUUAUGCAACAACAUCAUUCAACAACAACAUUUAAUUAACAACAACAAUGUUUUUAGGCCUCAACAACAACAAAACAUCCAACAAAACAUCCAACAAAACUUCCAACAAAACUUCCAACAAAACAUCCACCAAAACAUCCAACAAAACUUCCAACAAAACAUCCACCAAAACAUCCAACAAAACAUCCAACAUUCUUCUUUUUCCAAUGCUACAAACAAUAAUAUUCAUUCAUUUCCCACCUCAAAUUCAAUUUUUUCUUCACUGCCUCCAAAUAAUUAUUUUUCAACGACCUCCAACAAAUCUCAAAAUUUUUCUCAGACUCAAAAAUACUCUCCUCCUUUUAAGCAACAAUGUCCUCCUCCUCAACCUCCAACUAUGUUUGACCCAUUCGCAGCAGCUGCAGCAAAUUUUAUGCAACAUUUCACUCAAAAUACUAAUCAACAAGUGCAAUCAACGCCUUCCGCAUUAUUUAAUACUCAACACAACAAUUCUCUGCAAUUCCAACCAACUAGAGAAGUUUUGCCGAUGAAUUUUAAUAAUUUUGUGUUUUCGCAAUUUGGAGCCGAUUUCUCUCCCAGUCCUUCCCAUGUUUCUUUAAAUUCAGCAGGAAUAUCUGCUGUCGACAGUUCAUCAUCUUCUGGUAUUCCUUCAUCGCCUGAUGAUUCUUCGUGUUCUUUAGACGCUGAAAUAUUAAUUUUAAAGGAAUUUAGGAAGAAUAAAGAAGAUUUUCAAUCUAAACAUGGGAGAGGUGAAUGGCAGAGUGUAAAUAACGGAGAAAUAUUUCCUGAUGAACAAAAGCUUCUUGAAAAUUUAAAAGAGAAAACAAAAACCAGAAUAAACGAAAAUACACCGACUAUUCAACCAGAACAGCCUUGUUUUUCUUCGUCUAAUUCUUCAAAUUCCCAAGAACAAGAGAUUAUAAUUAUUGAAUAUGAUAAAAAUGAAUUAGAUAACCAAAUUGAAUUUAUUAGGGAAGAUAAAAAAGAAGCCGAAAAAGAAGAAGAAAAAAGGUCGAUACAAAAUGAGAUUGAAAUAUUUCCCGUUGAGGAUGUUGAAAAUUUAACGUUAAACACAAAAACAACAGAAAUCAACGAAGAAAAAGAAGAGGACAACACUUCAACCUCUUCAUUAGACUUUCCGUGUUCUUCGUCAAAUAAUAACAAUGAUUCUUCAAUUCCUUUAGAAGAAGAAGAAGAGGAGAUUGGAAUAAAUAAAUAUGAAGAAAGUAUAAUUUCUUCUUGUGAUGAUACCCAAAUAAAUUUAGAUAAAAAAGAGGAUUUAAUUGAGGAAGAAGAUAAUGACCAAUGUAACCAACAAAAUUUACAAAAACAUAAAAAUGGGAAGGUUCCUUGUCGAUGGGUUAAUUGUAAAGAAAUGUUUUGUGACGAGGAUGGGCUAUAUGAUCAUAUAAUUUCGGCACAUAUUGAUACCCUAACAAAAUGGGUUCUUGCUGAACAACGCGAAAUUGAAAAACAACAAAAGAGUGGUGGGAUUAAGCGGCGAAGAUGUGGAAGUUUUAUUUCUAUAGAAAACACAAAAGAGCGUUUUCGUUGUCAAUGGCGUAAAUGUGAACAAUUUCCUCGUCGCGGGGAUGCCCAAAAGAAGCUAGAUUGGUUACUUAACCAUUUAGUUGUCAGGCACGCUCCAAAAUCUCGCCCUCACAAGUGUUUGUUUGAGGGGUGUUCUCUCCGUUUUUCCAAAGUGGGGACUUUGAGAGAUCAUAUUCGUUGUGCCCACAAUGACAACAAUAAUAAACAGAAUGGGAAAAAAUUGUUGGAAGAAAAUACUGUCAAAAUUUCGUGUUUCGAGUUUCGCCCACUUGUUCAUUUUCCUUCUGUAAGUGACUGUAUUGAUUCCAGAACAAUUGAUUGGGCUAGAAACGAAAUGUUGAAAACUAAAAAUAUAAAAAAUCAACAACAAUCGACUUUUAAAACUAGUAAAGUAAGGGCAAGAAUAUUGCGUGACAGGAGGAGAAUUGUUAAAACAAAAGAAGAGGAUAUUAAAAUAAAAACAGAACAAGUUACAAACAUUGUUGAUGAGGUGAGAGAAAAACAAGUUGGAAUAAAUUAA